GGAGCCUCGGCUAUUCUUAGAGCUACAGCCAAACGCCUGAAAUCUGAAAGAGGUGAUCGUGACACAAGAGAGCAUUUUGGCAAAAUUAUCCAUGUAGACUGCUCUCUGUGGAAAAAUAGAAGAGCUAUGCAGAGGGCAAUCGCGGAGGAGUUAAACCUUGGCCAUUUAAUGCCCAUGUUUGACAAGCAGGAUGAGGAUGAUGAUUUUAGAGGGAUGGACGUUAGCUCUAGAGUAGAGAUACCAAGCAUCGGAAGUGAGAUCAAUGCGUGUCUAAGAAAUGAAAGAUUUCUGAUGAUUUUUCAUUAUGGGGGAGUAGAAGAUAUUGAUCUGGCAGAGUGUGGCAUUCCUAAUCCUGAAUUUGGAACCUAUGUUUUAGGAAAAUUAUUAUGGAGUGGUUAUGGAAGAUUUCAGCUUUCGCAGAGAAACAAGAAGUUAAAGUCUAGUUCUGCUUAUUUUAAAAAAAUUGAAUUAUAUCCCGAGGUCAAUGCACAUUUGAGUCAACUACUGCGUCAUUCAUUACAUGAAGAAGCUGCUGAAGUGAUUGGUUACACCGACAUGGAUGAUGUCAACCCAACAAUAGUUUUGGAUUGCUUCUUGUACUCAUUGUUCCUGACAGAGCAACUACAUGGAAAGUCUAUCAGUGUUGACUAUGGUUGGGAUACUCAUGCUUGCAACUACUGGAUAUGUGAUGGUAUCCUUCAAGGUGAUAGAGCCUUUGAGGUUGGCAAUGCAUUGCAACGAGUGAUACAAAUGCUGUGCUACCCAUCUGAUAGAACAAAAAGAUUGGCAAACUAUUUGGAUGAACACAAAGAACAGUAUGAAAGAUGGGUUUCAAUCUCCUCCAACCAACUAGGAGCACAAGAUAUCUCAACUAUUCAUGUCAAUACAUCAUCCUAUUUCCUCACAUUUGGGGAAGAUGGUCAGCUACAACUACCAAGUGAUAUGUUUCAGCUAGCCAGCACCCUCCGCGUGUUAAAACUCUGCAAGUGCAGCUUUGAUUUUGCAUCCCCUCCUUUCCGAUGUUGCCAUAACCUAAAAUUCCUUUGGCUUGACCGUUGCACAAACACAGGGGAGGAGCAAGGUGGAGGGCCAUGUUUCCCAAACCUGUUGGUGCUUGACAUACGCUUCACAGAUUUUGUCUUACUGGCAGAGAUGAUAGAGUUGAUGACCAAUCUCAGGAAGGUAAAUACGAAGGGUGUCUCAUGGAGAACUAUAAGUCAUGCAUGGAAAAAGCUACGGAACCUUCACAAGCUCCGGGUAACCGAAUCCUCAGAUGUGAUCACAGUGGACACAUGCUCUUCCAUAGAUAUGAUGAAUCUGGAGCUCCUUGACUUGUCGGGUAACAUUCAUAUGGAAUCAUUGCCUGCAAUGUCAUCGGCACGAAACUUGAAGAUGCUUGUUCUUGAUGGUUGUUCUAGCUUGGAGCAUGUUGCACUCGAAGGAGCCCUUCCACUUCUUGAGAGUUUUAGUUUUGAUGGCUAUGGCCCAUCAGAAAAGUGGGCACAUCCCAUACAACUGCCAAAAAAGGAACCGUGCCCUAAGUCUAGCAAUGCUUUAAUUCAAAAAGCCAAGGUGAGAAGGAUCUCCCUAGAAGGUUGUGCUCGAUUGCACAGCAUAUUCUUGCGUGCAUUGCUCAACCUUGAGGAGUUGGACCUCUCUGGCACAGCCGUUAAAACACUUGACCUCGGUGCAAUGGAUGUCGCACGACUCAAGAAGCUAUUUCUGUUGGGUUGUGAGCAACUACGUAGCUUAUGCUGGGAUGGAAGAAACCCUUCAUUGGAAGUUCUACAUGUAGACACUCGGGGAAAGACUAGAUCAAUGAUAUACUGUGGAGAACAGACCUCUAUCUUUGAAGCACUUAUGGCUUUUACAGAUGGAAGGUUAGUUUGGUCUGUCAUAAAGGGGCUCUACUGGGCUUGGUAUGACUCCAAGGUGCACCUCCAUAUCUCUUCUACGAUCCACAGCCAAGUCAACAUCACCAAAAGUAUUGAUGAGAUUGUGCCUAGCGAAGAGGGUUUGGUUCCAACGAGGCCCUUCUUACCUUACAAUGUUACAAUGAUAUAGUCCUUUGCAAGGAUAUUGUCACGUGUUCGUCCUUGGUGUGGGACCACCAACAUCUUUAUCCUUUGGAUGUGCAUA